CGUCUCGCGAACUCCAUCUGUGAGCAAUGGCUCUUCUUAGCGUCUCUAUGAGUUCCAAAUUCCCUGCAGAACCUCUCCUCACGUGCCCUCGUCCCUCCAUUUCCGACUAUCCUUCGCCUCUGGCUCUUCCAUUGAAGCAACGCCCCGAAGCUUCUAAAAAACUUGCACUUUCAUUGACUGAAUCUGUGUCCACUGCAAGCUUGGCUGCUCUCCUUUCUGUUUCUUUAUUCGUCGUUGAUCCCGCACUCGCCUUCAAGGGUGGAGGACCAUACGGGCAGGAGGUGACAAGAGGGCAAGAUCUCACUGGGAAGGAUUUUAGUGGCAAGACUCUGAUCAAGCAAGAUUUCAAGACGUCUAUAUUGAGACAGGCCAAUUUUAAAGGUGCGAAGUUGCUAGGUGCUAGCUUCUUUGAUGCUGAUUUAACAGGGGCUGAUCUUUCAGAUGCUGAUCUUAGAAGUGCUGAUUUUUCUCUGGCAAAUGUGAACAAGGCAAAUCUGAGCAAUGCUAACUUGGAAGGUGCCCUUGCAACCGGAAACACGUCUUUCAAGGGAACAAUUAUAACUGGCGCUGACUUCACAGAUGUGCCAUUAAGGGACGACCAAAGAGAAUACCUGUGCAAAGUUGCGGAUGGGGUGAACCCAACAACUGGAAAUGAGACGCGUGAGACAUUGCUUUGCAAUUAGCAUUCCAUUUGCUGAGAACAUCGCUACAUUGAGUCAAAUGGCCAUUCAUGGAUAUCCUGCUUCUCGGCAGCUGCAGUUUUUGAAUCAUUGCAAUAGAUCUCUGCUUUACUGGGGAGGAAGGGAUUUUGUCCUGUUGCAUGCCACGUGUCACACAAUACUCUUUGAUGAUUUAUGUGAUUUCUGGUUUAUCGUUCUUUCUGAUUAUUACCCAGUUUUCACACUAAUGAACCAAGUAGAUGUCUUCUAGACUGGACAUGACAGAUUAUGAAAGUCAAAAGCAAUGAAUUUAUGAUUAACCAAUGUUUUGUUAGUGUUAUUUGUAUUGGUAAAAGAUUCUUUUAUAUACCAUGUUUACUUCCAAUA